GUAAGAGGACCCGGGUUGGGAGGCGGCACAGCUAGAGUGGAAGCCGAGAGAGCAGGACGGAACCAUGGACCCCGCCAGGAAAGCAGGCUCCCGGGUAGCGAUCUGGACAACGGGCUGGCUGCUGCUGCUGCUGCCUCCGCUGCUGCUUCUAGAAGGAGCACAGGCCCUGGAGUGUUACAGCUGCGUGCAGAAAGCCGAUGACGGAUGCUCUCCUCAGAAGACUAAGACGGUGAAGUGCGCGCCAGGCAUGGACGUCUGCACAGAGGCCGUAGGGGCGGUGGAGUCUAUCCACGGGCAAUUCUCGGUGGCAGUGCGGGGCUGCGGUUCGGGACUCCCGGGCAAGAAUGAUCGCGGACUGGACCUUUACGGGAUUCUGGCUUUCGUCCAGCUGCAUCAGUGCUCCCAGGACCGCUGCAACGCGAAGCUCAACCUCACCUCGCGAGCACUCAUCCCCGCAGGCAAUGAGAGUGACUACGAGCCUAAUGGGGCCGAGUGCUACAGCUGCGUGGGGCUGAGCCGCAAGGAGUGCCAGGGUACGGCGCCGCCCGUCGUGAGGUGCUACAACGCCAGCGACCACUUGUACAAGGGCUGUUUCGACGGCAACGUCACCUUGACGGCAGCUAAUGUGACUGUAUCCUUGCCUGUCCGGGGCUGCGUCCAGGAUGAGUCCUGCACCCGGGAUUCAGCGACAGGCCCAGGGUUCACGCUCAGCGGCUCCUGCUGCCAGGGGUCCCGCUGUAACUCGGACCUCCGCAACAAGACCUAUUUCUCCUCUAAAUUCCCGCCCCUUGUCCUGCUGCCCCGUCCUCCGUCCACCACUCUGGCUGCAAACAACUCUGUCAGUACUUCUGCCUCAACCCUGGCCUCCACUUCCACCACCAAACCCACCCCAGCCCCGUCCUCCACUUCCACCACCAAACCCACCCCAGCCCCAGCCAGCCAGACUUCUCCAAAAGAGGUCGAACCUGAGACCUCCCAGGUGGAGGAAUCUACCUCGGCUGGAGGUACUAGUGGCCACCAAGACCGUAGAAAUAUUGGGCAGUACCCCAUAAAAGAUGGGCCCCCUAAUAAAGGCUCUGCAGCUCCUUCAGUGGGGUGGGUGGCUCUUCUGUUGGCUGUGGCUACUGUCACCUUACUAUGAACUUCUCUACCUCUUGCCCUACUUCCUUGGCCAUGGGUACCCUCCCUUCCCAUUACUCCCUCUUCCACCACUGGACUGGGCUGGCCCAGCCCCUGUUCUCCCUAGCUUUUGCUGCACUGGUUUGCGGCUUUGGGACAGAAAGUUACCAUUGUAUAUAUCCUGCCAGGGUGUUCCAGCUUUUUGAGGGCAGCAACUGUAUCCCCCUCAUCUUUGUCUCUCCCUGGUCUUCUCCUGGUGCCUAGGUCAGAGGGAAGUCAGAGCUGUCCCAGGGAAGGUGGGAGAGACAGUGAUAAGCUUCGUAUUCGCUUUCUCACAGUCAACCUGGAAUAGGAUAGAUGGGGUCUGAGGGCUCUGCCUCCUGCCCCUGAAUCUUUGUGGGAAUCAUUUUUUGGCAUCUUCUUUGUCUUCUUUUAUAGACUGUGAGCUCCUCAAGGGCAGGGACUGUGCCUUACGCCUCAGUGUGGUCAAUGUCUGGCACAUAAGGCUUCAAUAAAAGUUUAAUUACUUUG